AUGAUACUCCGACUCUCCUCCAUUGCCCUCGGGCUGCUCCCGCUCGCAAGCGCCCUCUCUGCCUCGGACAUUCCCGCGGAUACUCCCGUAUCGCAGCUGAUCAAGGACGCCGGUGUUCAACUCGCUACUGGCAACACCCAAGACGCUCUCCUCUACUUCGACGCUGCCAUCACCCGCGAUCCACGCAACUACCUCACCUACUUUAGGCGCGGCGCCGCUUACCUCCAGAUCGGAAGAACAGCACAAGCGCAGCACGACUUCGAUAAGGUGCUGGAACUGAAGCCUGGCUUCGAGGGCGCCUUGGUGCAGAGAGCCAAGAUCAGAGCCAGAAAGGCCGACUGGGCUGCAGCACGGAAAGACUAUGAAGCUGCUGGCAAGACGGAUGACAUCGCCCAGCUGGAAGAAGCACAGGGCGCUGCUAUCGUGGCACAAGAAGCGGCGGAUAAGGGUGAUUGGGAUUCGUGCAUUUCAAAUGCAGGCACCGCCAUUGUAGUCGCAGGUGGCGCAUACGACAUUCGCAAGACAAGAGCACGCUGUCGCUUCGAAAAGGGCGAGGUCGUUGAAGGUAUCAGUGACUUACAACAUCUACUCCAGAUCAACACCGGCGACAUCGUACCCCAUCUUCAGAGCUCCGCCAUGGCUUUCUACUCGCUGGGUGAAACCGACAAAGGUCUCAAGCACAUCGCACAAUGUCUCCAAUCGGAUCCCGACUCGAAGGCUUGCAUGAAGCUGCGCAGGAGAGAAAAGAACCUCGACAAGGAUAUCCAAAAGGUUCGCAAGUUCUUCGAGAAGCGCCAGUUCGCCACUGCCUCGAAACUCCUCAUCGACCGUGGCGAAGAAGACCCUGGUCUACUGAAGGAGGUCAAGCAAGACUUCAAGGACUACACCGAACUAGGCUACAUCUAUGCCAACUCACCCAACGGUCUUUACCAAACCCUUGUAGAGAUGACCUGUGAAGCCUACGUCGAGAUGAACAACCUGAAGAAGGGCACGCCAUACUGUACCGAAGCCCUACAACUCAACCCCAACUCGCUACAUGGUCUUAUCCACAAGGCCCAAGGCCAACUCGAAGCCGAUGAAUUCGAAGACUGUGUUCGUACACUAGACCAUGCCAAAGAACACCACCAAAGCCAGAAGCUAGAUGAGCUGCACAACAAAGCACAUACACUGCUCAAGCGGUCGAAGACAAAGGACUACUACAAGGUCCUCGGCGUAACGCGUGAUGCAGAUGAACGCGAGAUCAAGAAGGCAUACCGCAAAUUGAGCAAGGUCUACCACCCUGACAAGGCUUCAGCCAACAAUAUGACACCUGAAGAUGCGCAGAAGAAGAUGGCUGCCGUCAACGAAGCCUACGAAGUCCUCUCCGACCCUGAACUCAAGGAACGCUUUGACCGCGGUGACGACCCCAACAAUAACGAGCAGCAACAAGGCAAUCCCUUCCAGGGCUCGCCGUUCGGAGGCCAGCAGUUCAUGUUCAGGCAAGGCGGUGGUUUCCCUGGCGGUGGUGGCAGCUUCAAGUUCCAGCAGGGUGGCGGAUUUCCCGGCGGCUUCCCUGGUGGUUUUGGUUUCUAG